AUGGCUGUGGUGUUUCCUGAGAUUGAUCCAUAUGAAAUCUUAGAGGUUUCAAAGGAAUCGACACCUAUCGAUAUUAAGAAAUCUUUUAAAAGGUUAUGUCUAAAGCAUCAUCCAGAUAAGAUCCAACAGCAAAAAGCACAAGCUAACAAUGAUAGUGAUUACUUUGCUAAAGUUCAGUUUUCAUAUUCCAUCUUGAGCGAUCCCAUCAAACGGCAACGGUUUGAUUCAACAGGAUCGUUAAAUGAUGUGGAUGUCGAUGACGAAUUUAACUGGAAAGAGUAUUUCGAAUCGAUUAACAAUCACAUAACUAUUGAGAUGAUUGAUGAAGAUAGGGUGAAGUACCAGAAUUCAGAGGAAGAGAGAAGCGAUAUACUUUCAAACUUUGUAUAUUACGAGGGCGACUUUUUAAAGCUUUUUGAAGUUAUUCCUCAUCUAGAGUUUGACGAACAGCAAGAAGAUAGGGUAUUCAAGUGCAUCGAGAUUGAGCUUGGUAAAAAGCAAUUUGCAGAUUCGUUGGAUCCACAGACAUUGAAAGCAUGGGACAGAUAUAGACGACUUAGAAAGACAAAAGUCAAACAAAUGUUGAAAAAGUUGGCUAAAGAAGCAAAGGAGGCUGACAAAUUGGCCAGCUCUCUCAAGCUUAAGGGGAAACGGAAUAUCAGUAGCGAGUCUGACUUGAAACUGAUCAUACAAUCAAGGCAGUCUAAUAAUUUGGACUCAUUAAUCAAUUCAUUGGAGGCAAAAUACGUGGACAAAAAAGGCAAGAAAAGAGCCAACAGAGACCUAAGUGAUGACGAGUUUGAGCGCAUACAAAAGGAUUUAAUGAAUCAAUCAAAGCGUAAAAGAUCAAAGAGCUGA